AUGAACCUGAUCAAGGUCAGGGAAGAAACUUGUGAUCCCUAUGCAGUAGCUGUCCUGCUUCAAAAGGAUCUUGUUCUUGUGGAUAUUUUGACACCAGGGUGCCCAAGUUUUGAGAAUCCCUACCCCAUGGAUAUUGCCGUUUCACCAGUGACAUCGUGUUAUUACGUUGUCGACUGUCCAUCUGACCUUGUGCCGGCUUUCUACGCUGUCGGCAGUCAUAGCAAACGGGCUCUUGAAACAUCAAAAUCAACAAUUCAGGAAGGCGCUGCUGAAGGGCGGCCAGCUUUGGCAACCACGGAUUUUUUCUCCCCUAAAAGAUGGCCCAUCGAUGGCGGAGAGUGGGGCACUAAUUUGUGCUCUUAUCAGGAGCUCAUCAUAACUGGGUGA